AACAAUAUGUUGGGCAUGAUUAAGGAAUUAUUCCCUCUCCCCUUAUUGAUCGCCCCUUUAAGAAGCCUUUCGCUUCCAUACCCCCUGUCAGUGUGUCCAGAUAAAACAGACCGCUCGUCAUCUUGUCUACUCGUAAGAGGGAAAUUUUGCUGAUGCAGUAAUGUCUGGAAAUGCAUCGCGUGCGAAUGUCGUGAAUCACUUCCGUUAUGGAUGUGGCAUUUAUGGAGCGCAACCGAACAUUUUGAAAGUGAGAAGAUGUGAAGAAGCUGUUACAAAGGCAUUUUCUACUACAAAAGGGAAUCGAGGGUGCAUUACUGACAGGAGACUGCCGGCAGAAGACGCAUUCCUUCAGUAGCGAGAGGCAGCCGUAGUGGAUGCAGCGGAAAGGAGCGAUGGUCGAAUCAGUGACAACCGCAGUGGGGCCACACUGAGGAAGCAUCAAGUUAUACCCUAUACCCGGGGACCGAGAUAGAUUUAAGGGUCUGGAAUCGGAGAAAAGGAAGGAAAGCGACGCCUUGGGAGGGCAAUUGGAUGUCUACUCAAUUAAAUUAACUCCUGCGGAGCUCCAACUUUGACCUGCAGGAUGACAGUCGUGGCUGGGGACAACAUGGACGAGACCUCUGCCGUGCCGGGACAUCCGCAGGACACAUACCCGCCUGACCACGACGAUCAUGAAUGCUGCGAACGAGUGGUCAUCAAUAUAGCGGGGCUGCGCUUCGAGACCCAGCUCAAAACUCUCGCCCAGUUCCCAGAGACUCUCUUAGGUAACCCAAAGAAACGGAUGCGGUAUUUUGAUCCCUUGAGAAACGAGUACUUCUUUGACAGAAAUCGUCCGAGCUUUGACGCCAUCCUCUACUACUAUCAGUCCGGUGGAAGACUGAGAAGGCCGGCAAACGUCCCAUUGGAUAUGUUCUCGGAAGAAAUUAAGUUCUAUGAACUUGGGGUCGAGGCGAUGGAGAAGUUUCGCGAAGAUGAGGGCUUCAUCCGUGAGGAAGAGCGGCCCUUACCAGAGAAGGAGUUUCAACGGCAAAUCUGGCUUCUGUUCGAGCAUCCCGAGAGCUCGGGGCCGGCCAGAGGCAUUGCUAUCGUAUCCGUCAUGGUCAUUUUAAUUUCCAUUGUCAUUUUCUGUUUGGAGACUUUACCUGAACUGAAAGAGGACCCUAGGGGGCGUUCACAGACUAUAGGCAACACCACCUUCUACUACAAACCAAACAUCCUGGCUGAUCCCUUUUUCAUUAUAGAGACCCUCUGUAUCAUCUGGUUUUCAUUUGAAUUGAUAGUGCGCUUCUUUGCUUGCCCAAGCAAAGCGGCUUUCUUUAAGAAUAUGAUGAACACCAUUGACAUCGUGGCCAUCAUCCCCUACUUCAUCACGCUGGGCACAGAGUUAGCAGAUGAGCCGGACGGAAAGGAGGGAAAGGGCGAGCAGGCAACAUCACUGGCCAUCCUCAGGGUGAUCCGUCUGGUCAGGGUGUUUAGGAUCUUUAAGCUAUCAAGGCACUCCAAAGGCCUUCAGAUUUUGGGGCAGACCCUCAAAGCUAGUAUGCGAGAGCUUGGAUUGCUUAUUUUCUUCCUCUUCAUUGGCGUCAUAUUGUUCUCCAGUGCUGUGUAUUUCGCAGAGGCCGAGGAAAAAGAGUCGUACUUCAGCAGCAUCCCGGACGCGUUCUGGUGGGCGGUUGUGUCGAUGACUACCGUAGGCUACGGGGACAUGGUGCCAGUGACUAUAGGGGGCAAGAUCGUGGGUUCCCUGUGCGCCAUCGCCGGUGUGCUGACCAUCGCCCUACCCGUGCCUGUUAUCGUGUCCAACUUCAACUACUUCUACCAUAGAGAAACCGAAGGAGAGGAGCAGGCCCAACUCCUCAACGUGAGCAACCCGAACAUCGCCUCCGAUUCCGACUCUAGUCGUCGCAGCUCCUCGACCGUCAGCAAGUCCGAGUACAUGGAGAUAGACGGAGACAUAAACAACAGCAUCGACAACUUCAGAGAGGCCAACCUCAGAACUGGCAACUGCACUAUCCCUAAUCAGAACUGUGUGAACAAAAGUAAGCUGCUAACCGAUGUCUAGAGACACAGUAGAAAACUCAGUCAAGUACUGACUGGUCACAUAUGAAUGCUUACUUUACCUCCUCUCGUGAGCCCUUGCAAUGCGAAUAUCUCUACAAUGCAGACGAAAGAAAAAUACUACACCAAAACAUAUAGAACAUAACUGCAGCAAAUGAGGCAGAUGAUACUUAGUCUAAUACAUUUCCAAAGAGGAUGAUUCAGAAAAAAAGCCUCCACGAGCACCUAGCUAACGUCCACAGGCAUUGAAGGACUCUCGACGACAGGAUUACUAAAAACUCACGCAUGGACUGCAGACUACAUUUCAGCAAGCUGCACAUUGCAUCCAGGAAAGUGCAUAAAAGACCAAGUGCAGUGUUCGGUGGACUGCCUCGUCCGUAGGUGGUCUUCCCCAACUGACCAGCAAAGCACCUUAUAUGAAUAGACUUAUCUUCUGCUGGGAUGCUACGGAGGCCAAGGUCAUCGCCUCAUGGACAUCCGCAUUGCUGCUAUUUUCCAGCAGAUGCUGUAAUUUAGAUAUCACCAAGUGAUUAAAUGCCAUGCCCUUUAGAUAUAAGACAGCACAAUGCCGAAAGAGGAGCCUCAUAGUUAGCAUGUUUAGAUUAUCCUCGUUUUGAUAUUGGCAUGCGUCGGACAUUACCUCAUGACGAUAGGACAUCUGUUCCUGUUUUGCUUUACUUUUGCAUUCGGUUCCAUCAGCUCCCCCUCUCCAUCAACCUCCUUAUUUGUCGCCAUGAAAAGUGCACUAGUCUGUCAUGAUUUGAGAUGCUUAUCAUUUAGGUGUAUUUAAAGACUGAAUGUUUAACCUUACGGGAAACAGAAUCUUAAUGAUAUCAUAGCAUGUCAAAAGAACCUGCAUUAUGGCCUACUCAACUAAGGUACUGUGUAUCCUAGUAUAUUUAAUGCAUGACAUCGGUAUAACAGCUUGUUGCAAUUGAGAUACCUCAUAAGGGUGUCGUUGUUACAAUCAGGGAAACUAGGGACGUUGAUUCCUUGACAUUUUCUGAAAUGUGACAAAAUAUAUAUGCAAGCCCCAACGCUGGGAUGCAAACUUUUCAAUCUAAAAAGUAGUCAAAGACACAGAAAAAGAACUAUCAAGAUACUAUCAAAUGCAUAUACUCAUACUAAGCGCACCUGUUAAAAAAAAAAAAAUAAUAAUAAUGUAACUUAAAUAGUGCAGUGCAUGGGCAUUCUCUCUCUCCUUGAGAAGAAAAAAAAAGGAAAACUAUGGGCAAUUAUACUUCACGCUUCCAUUUUGCGAUCAAAUUUAGGAUUUACGAUAUCAAAAAUCGCUUAAUUUAUCUUAGCAGGAUGCAAAAGAGAACAUGGCAGAAUUUCUCAUAUUAGUUGCUAGUGCCUUUGACCCUAUCAGCAACCGGACAGGUGAAAGUGCCUCAGAGUAACUGGAGUUUUAGGCAGGGCAAAGGGAACAAUAUCUGCUCUGGAACUGUCAUAAUGUAUGUCGAGGCUGGUCAUUACAGUGUAUUCGGAGUGCUUUUCAUUUCCGUUGUUGUUUUGUUGAACAUGACACGUGGUUGUCAGGCACAAACUCAAACAUUUUCUGUGUUUUCAUAUGACAGCUGAGCUUGAGUAUGAAAUCAGACUUAUAUGACUUUCACAUGACGGGACCUUUUAGAGUUUUCGAUCUGCCUUUCGUUGUGGUUUUGAUUAUGUUGUGCCAUAAUAAAGAGUCUACCUCAGUGAGGUCGCCGCACAGCUCACUGCAGAGCAGAACACCAGAUACAUAACAGCCUGUGAAGUGUGAUGAUACGUCAGAAAUAAUACACUUAGUGUGCCCUAGAAUUAGCCUUUUUUUUUUCAAGCACUUACAACAAAUGCAACAAUGCGACCGUCCCUGACCCCUCGUAUCUGUAACGCUCCAUUGCUAAGCACAAUCAACUUUCACUUUGGUUCGGUUUAGUCCUUUUUUAAAAGAGCGAGAUCUGGGAUAAGACAACAGCACAGACUUUCCUAUACCACAGGGUAGAUUCAUAGUUUAGCCCUUUAGUAUAGCAACCUCAAAUUAAGACUAUGGUAUAUUAAGUCUGUAUAUUAUAAUGACCAAAUUUAACUGAUUUAUGGAAUUUAAUGUGAAAUCUUGUGUUCAUGCUAAUUCCAGUGCAUAGAGCUAAAUGCGAAAGUUUUUCCUUGAUAAUUUAAAAAAAAAGCUUUAAAAUGGCCAUGAUUAAAUUAGUCUUUUUGGGUGUACAUUCGUUUAACAAACACAAGCAAGUCUGCUAGACCAGCUCGUAAACAAGUCGCCUGAUCAUGUGACCUUUAUUGAUCCUUGAGGUGUGAUUGUAAUCAAAGGCAAACAGCAGUAUUUUUCCUUGGCCAGUUUCCUAUAACACUAACAUGGAUUUAGUCACCUCUGUGUCAGGAAGAAGAAUUCAGGGCUUUAUUAAUGUGUUUUUUGUUUAGAAUUCAUAAAAACGGGCUUCGCAAACAAAAAAAACCAGGCUACAAAUCAUCUUAUCACAACAAUUUCAUUUGAUAAUGUAAAUGAAACAAUGAAAAAAUAAGGACGAACUGUUUCUACUGGGCAUGUGAGUGGUGAUCAAACCCUAUGGUGCUAUGCAUAAUCCUAUAUUUAAUAACUACACCAUAAAUCAUAGCAAUAGGGAUUAAGUGUAUUACAGGACUGCUCCAGAAUGCUUAUUUUGAUAUUUACCAAGGGCUGUGGCAAGCAAACUUUUUAUAAGAAUAGAGAUUUAAACCUAUUAUAAUGCAAGAGGACAAACAAUUUCCACCAAUGAUAGUGUGUUAGUUGGCAAAAUUAAUUUUUCAUGUACUUUAUGUUGAGAGACUAUAACAGAAACUUUCCCUCUUGAAGCAAAUUGUGUUAGUACUGUAGUACUAAGAAGUUUAUUUUGCCUCUGAUAUGAGGUGAUGACCAUUUAUGAGCAACAUUUAAAAAAAAUUAUGGCUUAGGAGGUAGGUCUUUUAUCAGUUGAGUCUGUAAAGGUGUAAAUCCAUAACAUACUACAUGUUUUUGUUGUUAUUUAUUAGUUUGGAGUUUUGCUUCGCUCAGACAACAAGCUGAAACCUUAUUUCAAGAAGGGAUAAAAGGUAAAAUACACUGUAGUGGAAUAAUAAAAAACAAAUAAACGAAUGACAUGCCAUCAUAACCCGAUGUGAAAGGUAGUUGUGGAAAAAAGGGGAACCCUAGGUGUGCUCCCAGGUUGUGGCCUUUUUGGAGGAUGUUGCAGACAUACUUAUUUUCUUCACCUGCGUGGCCUCGUCUAGCUAUAUUACCUUGUUAUGUCCAUGUGGCACUAUAGUUAACUGUGCUAUAACAAACCCAUGCCCUUGAUAAAACUACAGUAGACUCACAAACGAGUCCAUAAGACAAGCCAUUACAAAUAUAUAGGAAGAUUAUAGCUUGUAUUAUCGAUAUCAUGAAAUAAAAUAAUGGCAUUAGCAUCGAAAAUGUACUGUACAUUGUACUUUUUUUGUAAUAACCUUAACUCCAUACCACCAUACCAAACCAAAACUCGACAGCAACCUAGCAAUUGCAAAAAUCUGCAUGGUGUAUGGAAGACUGCAUGAGCUUAGCCUUUCAAAACUGAGGAUCAACUAUAUUCUGGUUGCAUCAUUUUUUUAAGCCCUUGCUGUCAUUUGUUCCUAAAGCCAUCUUCAUGUUUAUACGCCAAUGUUAUUUCUGUUCCCUUUUGUUCGGGAAAAGUUCUUUAAUCCGUCAAACUCCACUGAUCAGAUUUCCGUAUUCGGUUUAAUUAUUUAUUUUGGCUUCAUUUGAGAUUUUGCUGUUUGCUUUCAGGAUGCUGAAUGAAACAAGUCAUGGAUUAUAAUGUCGUGGAAUGAUGCAUUUGACAAAACAUUCAAUUCCGGAUACCCAAACUAUACAGCCAUUACUGACCAUCUCAGCUACAUGUUUAUGUUAGACAGAUGAUGACUCCAUGUUAAUGGUUGUUCCAUGUACAUCUGAUCAAACUGUUCAUGUCCUCUUAACAUGUUUCUGUACGUUUUUUUUUUUAUCUGUUAUGCUAAGUUAUUUUUUAAUGUUGUCGUACAUUGACAAAGGCAUGGUCUGUGAUCUAUGCAAGGGUUCUUUUGUUUCUUAUGUCAAAUAUGAUUUGAUCAUACAUCUAAAUCAAUAAAUUUUUAAUUAUCAGC